AUGCCGCACUCGGUUACGGUGCCCUCGUCGGGCUUCCAGGCCCUCAUCCUGUGCGGGCCUGGCGUCUCUCUCAACACCUUCACAUCAAACCCGGAGGAGUUUCCCAAAGCGCUAAUACCCAUUGCAAACCGCCCAAUGGUAUGGUAUCCACUCGAUUGGUGCUAUAGAAUGGGCAUCACGAAUAUCACCUUGAUCACUCCUCCGGCAAGCCAGGCCCCGUUGGAAGCAGCACUUUCGCAAAAUCCGCAUCUCACCUCACUCCCGUCACCGUCACCAUCGGUUCUGGCUCCUCGCGACCUGACUCUCACCACUGGAACGGCUGAGCUUCUCCGCCUUCCGGAGGUUCAGUCAUGUAUUAAAUCCGACUUUCUUCUUCUUCCCUGUGACUUGAUCUGUGACAUUCCAGGCGAAUCCCUUUUGGAUGCCUGGAUGGUAACGCAGGCUGCACUGGGCGGAUCUCCCGAACCAGAAGCCCGGCCUAACCGUAGAUCCAGGAUUGUUGGCUCGGGCGGGGAGAAAGUAGGCCGAAGAGGUGGUAUGAGUGUGUGGUAUCAAACACGCGGAAGAGAGGAGAGCGUGAAGGAUGAAGUCGCAGAUUUUGCUAUCACGGCACCACUCGAAGAGGAUGAGGCUCCGGUGGUAUAUCCUCCGGUGGAGGGACCGGGGUCGAUACGAUUCGGCCUUUCGAAACUGGUCUACGCCAUGCCGAUGGAUAGUUUGAAGGAAAAAAUGGAGGAAGAUAAAGGGCUCCUCAUCCGACACUCACUUGUGAACAAGCACGCACGGGUGAAGAUGCUGACGACUUACCGAGACGCGCACAUCUACCUCUUCCCCUACUGGGUCAAGGAGAUGGCGAAGAAUAACGAAAAAUUCCAGAGUAUCAGUGAGGAUUUGAUCGGUUGGUGGGCAAAGGCAGAAUGGCAGUCUGGGCUGGGAGAGAAGUUAGGGCUAAGAGAGGUCCUUGAGCCGAAGGACGGCCACAGCGGGGACUACGGUAGCCACGACGGUGAGACGCUGGAAGAAGAGAUCAAUCUCCAAGCCAUGACUACGACCAAGACGGGCGGCUCCGAGACGGUGGUAAACCGCUCGUCAUCUCUCGACAGCCCCGCGGAAUCUCAGUUCGCGUCCCGAGUGAACACAUCCAACCUGGAGGCUGCAUCAGAAUCAACAGCCCUGGGAAGCAAGACCAAGCUCACCAUCCCACCAAUUCUCGCAUACGUGCAUUCCUCACAUCCCUCUGCGCCGCUGAUCCGACGCGUUGACAGCUCCGCCUUGCUUCUCUCCGUCUCUCUCCGACUCGCCAAACUGGAGUCGGUAGAGGAGGUCGGACGCGCGAACGCCUCGCCGUUCGCACACGCGCAGAAAGUGGCCUACCCGGCCGGCGUGGCGCAGCGGUGCACCGUCACCAAAGCCGACUGCCUACUGGCAGAGAACGUCACCGUGGAGGAGAAAUGCGUCAUCAAGGAGUCGGUGAUCGGCGCUAACUGCCACGUCGCCAGCGGCGCGCGUCUCACGCGCUGUCUGCUGAUGGACGGCGCCGUGGUCGGCGAGCGAUGCCAGCUGACGGGGUGCAUCAUCGGGCGACGAAGCAAGAUCGGGCGCGAAUCGGUGCUGAAGGACUGCGAGGUACAGGACGGCAACGUCGUUCCGGACGAGACGGACGCCAAGAACGAGAAAUUCAUGGUCUUUGAAGGUCUCGACGAGGACGAGAACCCAGAAGGGGAGGAGGAGAUGGAGGAGGAAGAAGAAGGCGAGGGCGAAGGCGAAGACAAGAUGGACGAAAGCACCGAUUUUGACGAAGGGGGCGGAGACCUAGGGUUUUGA